GGCCAUGGGGGCGCGGCGGGGGCCGGCGCUCUGACAGCCCGGGGGCGGCCAGCGGCGGAGCGGAGCGGAGCGGGGCGGGCACAGCGGGACCGGCAGCAGCAGGAGCAGGAGGAGGAGGAGAGGAGGAGGAGGAAGGAGGAAGGCGAGGAGGGCGGCGGCGGCCCCCGCAGCUCCGCGCCGAACAUGUUCGCCAAGGGGAAGGGCUCGGCCGUGCCCUCGGACGGGCAGGCGCGGGAGAAGCUGGCCCUGUACGUCUACGAGUACCUGCUGCACGUCGGCGCCCAGAAGUCGGCGCAGACCUUCCUGUCCGAGAUCCGGUGGGAGAAGAACAUCACGCUGGGCGAGCCCCCCGGCUUCCUGCACUCCUGGUGGUGCGUGUUUUGGGACCUUUACUGUGCAGCUCCCGAAAGGCGAGACACUUGCGAACAUUCAAGUGAAGCAAAAGCCUUUCAUGACUAUAGCGCAGCUGCCGCCCCGAGUCCCGUGCUUGGAAACAUUCCCCCGAACGACGGCAUGCCCGGGGGCCCCAUCCCGCCAGGUUUCUUCCAGGGACCGCCUGGUUCACAGCCCUCGCCACACGCACAGCCUCCACCCCACAACCCUAACAGCAUGAUGGGACCCCACAGUCAGCCUUUCAUGUCACCGCGCUACGCAGGAGGUCCCCGGCCCCCCAUCAGGAUGGGAAACCAGCCUCCAGGGGCCGUUCCUGGUACACAGCCGUUGCUGCCCAAUUCAAUGGAUCCCACGCGACAGCAAGGGCACCCGAACAUGGGUGGACCCAUGCAAAGGAUGAAUCCUCCGCGAGGGAUGGGCCCCAUGGGUCCCGGUCCGCAGAACUAUGGCAGCGGCAUGAGACCUCCGCCCAACUCAUUAGGCCCUGGCAUGCCCGGAAUUAACAUGGGGCCGGGAGCUGGCAGACCAUGGCCCAACCCCAGCAGUGCUAACUCAAUCCCAUACUCUUCUUCAUCGCCUGGUACAUACGUGGGUCCUCCCGGCGGCGGCGGUCCUCCGGGGACACCCAUCAUGCCCAGCCCCGCAGAUUCAACAAAUUCAAGUGACAACAUCUACACAAUGAUUAAUCCAGUACCGCCCGCAGGCAGCCGAUCGAAUUUCCCGAUGGGCCCCGGCUCUGACGGCCCCAUGGGCGGCAUGGGCGGCAUGGAGCCCCAUCACAUGAACGGAUCGUUAGGGUCAGGAGACAUAGAUGGACUUCCAAAAAAUUCUCCAAACAACAUAAGUGGCAUUAGCAAUCCCCCGGGCACUCCAAGAGACGACGGGGAGCUGGGAGGCAACUUUCUCCAUUCCUUCCAAAACGACAAUUAUUCCCCCAGCAUGACGAUGAGUGUGUGAUUUCCCUCCCCCUCCUCCUCUCCAGGAUAAAGAGAGUCAGCUGCCGUUCGGAGGAUCUCAAAGAAUUAUGCAAGAAGAAGCUAGGUGUAUUGGCAGGGAGACGCGUGGCGGGGGCCAGAACCCCAGGUUUAGUUUCAUGCAAUAAAAAGGCUGAACUUUUUAUUCCAUAAAACAUGAAGGACAAAACUUAAAAUAUUUCAAGACAUGACAAGAUCCUUCUUUGUGCAGAAGGGUUUAUAUAUGUACAUGACACUUCUUUUUGGAAACAAAUGGAAGCCUCUAGCACCCAACUCCGAUCUCUUUGCUUUGUUCUUUUAAAUAAAGACAGAAACAGAACCCUGUUGUAUGUUUGUGCCGUGCGACACCAGGAAGCUAGUCUAGAUAUGAAAUCUCAUGUUGUCUCUGUUGUAGUCAUUUUUUAAAUAAACUGGACAGUUUACAAUGGU